AUGUUGAACAUUGAGAUUUCAUCAUCGCUUCUGUUUUGCCUCCUUCCAUUGUUCUUGCUGUUCCUCAUCAGCUUCAUAUUUACUUUCAGAAGCAGCAAGGAGUCCAGCUCUGAGCAGCUCCCCAGAUCAUAUCCAGUAAUCGGCUCAUACCUUUCAGUUUUGGCAAACAAGGACCGCCUCAUUCAAUGGACGUCAGACAUUGUGAGAAGCUCCCCCAACUUGACAUUCACCCUUCGCCGCCCUCUGGGCUAUUGCCAGGUCUACACUGCCAACCCCGCCACCGUCCAACACAUCCUCAAAUCCCAUUUUUCUGUUUAUGAGAAGGGGGACAUCUUCCGCGCAACUCUCUCGGACUUCCUAGGUGAUGGCAUCUUCAAUGCCGAUGGUGAUAAAUGGAAGUUCCAAAGGCAGAUGUCCAGUCACGAAUUCAACACCAAGUCCCUCCGUAAAUAUGUCGAGACCGUGGUAGACACCGAGCUCUCUCAACGCCUCAUUCCCAUCCUCGCCGCGGCAGCUGCUGAUAAAACUGUUCUGGACUUUCAAGACAUACUCCAGAGAUUUGCAUUUGAUAACAUCUGCAAAAUAGCUUUCGGGUAUGAUCCUCAGUAUUUGUUGCCAUCUCUCCCUGUGGCCGAGUUUGCGGUUGCUUUCGAAAACGCAACUCGGAUUAGCAGUGACAGAUUCAGUUCGCCAUUUCCUUUAAUUUGGAAGAUCAAACGGGCGUUGAAUAUUGGAGCAGAGAAGAAACUCAGCUCAGCUGUCCGUCAUGUUCGGGAAUUCGCUCAGGAGAUCGUCAAAGAAAAGAAGCAAGAACUCAAAGAUAAUUCAGAAUUAGAAUCAGGCGAUCUGUUGUCCCGAUUCUUGAGCUCGGGUCACUCGGAUGAAACUUUUGUGACCGAUAUCGUGAUAAGCUUUAUCUUAGCUGGUCGGGACACAACAUCUGCCGCAUUGACAUGGUUUUUCUGGUUAGUCUACAGCCACCCAGAGGUCGAAAAGGGAAUUCUGAGAGAGAUCAGAGAGAAGUCCGAAUCUCCUGUGUACGAUGAAGUGAAAGACAUGACUUACACUCAUGCUUCACUUUGCGAAACCAUGAGACUGUAUCCGCCAGUUCCUUCGGAUACCAAGGAAGCGUCGAAAGAUGAUGUUUUGCCAGAUGGGACGGUGGUGAGGAAGGGUACCAGGGUUACCUACCAUCCCUUCGCAAUGGGGAGAGUGGAGGCCGAGUGGGGGUCGGAUUGGGAAUCCUUCCGGCCCGAGAGGUGGUUGGAGAGGGAUGCACAGUCCCCUGGAAAAUGGAAAUUCGUGGCUAAAGAUUCAUAUCACUAUCCUGUAUUUCAGGCUGGGCCCAGGAUUUGUCUCGGGAAGGAAUUUGCUUUCUUGCAGAUGCAGAGGGUGGUUGCUGGAGUGUUGCGCCAAUUUAGGGUGGUGCCGGCAACGCAGGAAGGAGGAGCUGAGCCUGUGUUCAUCUCGUACCUGACCACCAAGAUGAAGGGCGGUUUCCCUGUGAGGAUUCUGGAGAGGGUAAUUAACUAAUGAAUAAAAAUGUUGGAUCGCCAUAGCUAGCUCCUACUUGAUCGUUGAAUUAAGCAACAAGCAGCAGCAGUGGCAAGUAUGACUUUUGCGGGGUGCUGUCUGGGGAUUUAUUUUUUUUAGUUUGGAUGCAUUUCCAUGUCGGAUGCUGUCUUGUGGAAUAAGUUAUAUAUUUCUGUGCUUGGAUGGAUUUCCAUGGUUCCGAAGUCACUAAAUUCAGUACAAGUUCUUGUCAUCAGGCAAU